AGGAAUUUCUUUUACAAAAAUGGCGUUUUCUAAUCAUGACAUUUAAUCAAUAUUUUAUUAUCAUAAAUUAUCAUCUUACGUCAUCAUAAAAUAAUAAUUUAUGAAUUAUAAUUUUUGUUAUUUAAAUUUAUAUAUAUAUUUUUUUUAGUUUCAUUUUUAAUUAUUAUAUUUUAAAAAAUGCAGACAAUAAAUUCAAUUUUUUUUUUAAGUUUUUUUGACAAUGGCGUUAGUGUUGAAUUCUGUAACCUGAAGUUUAAAUAAAUAUUGUUUGUUAUGUCGAACGAAUAACAGACGAAUACGUUAUACGUUUCUUUUUAAAGGAGUAUUGUUUCAUGAUAAACGAUUAUGUUUUAAUUAAUUAUAAGUGCAAAAGUGUGGUGAUUAUUUUUGAUGUUCAGUUUAAAUGAUAGUGAAAUCACUGCUAACUUCAGGGGCAUUCAAUUUAAAGUGUUUUUAAUAUUGAGUCAUUAUUAAUGUUUUUGUAGUGAUAAAAGAGUUUAAGACAUAUUUGAGAUUUUCACACCUAAUUGAUUAAUUUAAAUGAAAAGAUUUUGAAAGCGGUUAUUUAAGAGCAGAUUUCAAAAUACUUUAACAUGGAAACGAAACGUAUACAAAUUCCCGUUAUUGACAAUACUGAAAAAAAACAACAAUUGAUUAAUAAAAUUGAAGCAACAACAUUAACGAUUCUUAAACAAAUAUGUAAUUCACAAAUCCCAAAAAUUUCAUAUAAACGCCGUAAUCCAGAAAUAAACUUGUCAAAAUCAACAUCAAUUGCUUUCAAUGACUGUGAUGAUUUUCUUCUAUCAUUAGUAUCUUGUGAUGAAUCACCGAAUAGGACGUUUAGUGACAAUAUAAUAGAAAUAGAUUCGUUUGAUGAAGAUACCAAUUCAACGCAAGAUUCAGCCUCACAACAACCUGAAUCAAUCGUUGAUUUUUUUACUAUAUCAGGUCGGAAACAAUUAACUCGUUUGAUGAUAAUCUUAUCUAAGGCGCAUAAAUUACUUUUAAGUAAUAAAAUUCAGACUAAGCGCUCAUUGUAUUACGAGUUGAAGUCCGAAGAAUCAACAUUGUUUGAAAGCGAAAGGGUGGUUGAUUAUCAAAUUAACAGUGUCGCUAAAUUAUUGGAAUGCUCGACAUGGGAUUUAGGAUUUAUUGCUACUUCCAAGGGUCUUGUGGCAGGAAAUUUAAAAUUGUUUUUCGAAAAUAAUGACACAAUCUUCUGUGAUGUUUUGGAAGGUUGUUUGGUGCCACAAUUGAUGUCGAGCAAUAUGGGCCAAUUGACUGCCAUUGAGACUACAGCUAAAUCAAUUAUUGUCGUUGAAAAAGAGGCCAUUUUUAAUAAGUUAAUGAGUGAAAAAUGCCCAGAAAAAUUGGAUUCUAUUUUAAUUACAGGAAAAGGCUAUCCGGAUACAGCAACAAGAAUUUUUGUUAAAAUUCUUGUUGAUAAAUUAGAAUUACCUGUUUUUGUUCUUGUCGAUUGUAAUCCUCAUGGGUUUGAAAUUAUGUGUACAUACAAAUAUGGAUCGUUAAAUUUAUGGUGGGAACGAAAAGAAUUAAAAUGCUUAAACAUAAAAUGGAUUGGAAUUUAUCCAACAGAAAUACCAACUUUUUUUCUGAAAAAAUUACCACUAACUGAUAGCGACUUGAAAAAAUUAGAUGCUCUUGAAAAACGUACGUAUUUGACUGAUAAUGAAAGAAAUGAAUUAACAUUAAUGAAACAAGGUAAAGUCGAAAUGGAGGCUAUCGCAACGAAUAAUGUUAUUUCCAUGGAUUAUCUUACAUCCGUUUAUAUACCAAUGAAAAUCCGACGAUUAACUCAUACAAAUUGAUUUUAAAAAUUAUUUUACUUUUUACGUAUAUAUUUCCAUUAACUAUUUUUGAUUUAAUGUUACUGAUCGUUAAUAAUUAAUUUUGAAUAAUUGUCGGAAACAAAUUGUAAUAAUUUGUUUAUUUAUUAUUCAACUAGUUGUUAAAAAACAAAUUAAAAAACAUUUAAAUAAACCAGCUA